GUAUCCAUGUAACGAAACCGGAUCUACUGCACCAUCAUCAUCAUCAUCAUCAUCAUCAUCAUCAACAUCAACAUCAACAUCUGUCUCCGCCGCCGCAGUUCAGUGGCAGAGAUUGGUAGACCAAACCUUGGAACAGAGACACGCAUAGAGAGAGAACACAGGCUGUGUCUCAAUGGAAUCUGGAUCCACUGUCGGUACCGCCGAUGAUCGGCAAUCGAUCGGUUCAUCGUCGCCGGCGGAGGCCAUUUCCCGUCUGAACCACGCCGUGUUGCAGCGGUACCAGCAUCUGCUCGACAAGACAGUCUCUCACAUCCUCUACCGUUGGAUCGCGUGCCUCGUGGUCAUCCUCAUCUACGCCCUACGCGUCUACUUGGUCCAAGGGUUCUACAUCAUCACCUACGCCAUCGGCAUCUACCUUCUCAACCUCAUCAUCGCUUUUCUCUCUCCUCAGGAAGAUCCCGAGUUGUCGAUCCAUGGCCCAUCUCUUCCCACUCGCGGUUCCGAUGAGUUCCGACCCUUCGUCCGCCGUCUCCCGGAGUUUAAGUUCUGGUUCUCGAUCACUAGGGCUUUUGUUAUCGGAUUUGUGAUGACAUUCUUCGAAGUGUUUGAUGUGCCUGUUUUCUGGCCAAUCCUUCUCUUCUACUGGGUGAUGCUCUUUAUCCUCACCAUGAGGAAACAGAUACAGCACAUGAUCAAAUACAGAUACUUGCCUUUCUCUUCCGGCAAACAGCGUUAUGGAAAGAAGGCACCUUCGACCGAGACCACAGACUGACGGACUGACCCACCCGAGGACGCAUUCGUUCGGCAAGAAACAAAGCUUAAGGAUGAACCAGAAGGAAAGAAAAUGGUCCGAGAGACUUUUCCGUGGGUUGGGCAAGACAGAUUUUUCCGGGUUUUCACCUCUUUUCUUGGAUGUUUACUGGUUCGACCUGAACAAUGUAUUGUAUUACAUUUUGACAAUGAAAUAAUGCUUUCAUCUCUCCA